UGGAGGGAAAGUUUCCCUCCAUGCUACCCACUUCAGAUGGAUAAUGUAGACCCGAUCCAAAUCAUAAAAGGGCACUUCAGGUCGGUAUGCUGAGAGACCCAAGCUGUCAUUCUGCUAUCCACAGGGCAGGAAGAAGAAAAGGAGAACCCAACGCAUGGUUCAACAAACAAAGAGAAAUGGUGAGGCAAUUUUGUGAUUGUGGAAAGCAAACAUUGAUGAUGACAUCAUGGACUGCCAUGAACCCAGGAAGAAGGUUUUGUCGAUGUGCCAAGUACAGAGAACAAGGAGGCUGCAUAUACUGGGAUUGGGUUGAUCCUGAGAUGUGUCAAAGGUCAAAAGAAAUAAUACCUGGACUGCUAAGGUCGAUGAACAAGAUGGAAGCUGAGUUGGAUAGGUUGAAAGAAAAUUCAAGGUGCCAACAAUCGAAAGUAAGGAAGCUAAGGAUGUACUUGAUUAUCCACUGGGUUGCCAUUGUCAUGUGGUUGUUUUUGUUCAAAUCUGGGGGAGAAGGUCCAAAAUGA